AUGGAGCGCUCCCUCAGCGCUGGUCCUUGUCUGGAUAUUUUCGAAGAGAACCCGGACCGCGAAUCACUGUCACGAUAUGUCACGCUCGGAAACGGAAGCAGAGCUCAGCCGCCAAAUGGCCACCAUGCCAGUUCCUCCAGGCAUCGUCUACCUCGUUCGCAAUCUUCCCGGGGUGUUUCUGCCAUCGGUUGGCACGUACUUUGCCUUCACGCGAAUCCCCCACCUGCAAAUCGUCGCCGCUCGCUUUCGGUGGCUGCCAAUCGUAGCGGCGCUGCUCUUACCCAGCCGCUUCUCUCCACCGUCAAAGGCCUCUGGAGCAGUGUUGCGGCAUGGAGAGAUAUAAACCGUCGCGGGGCAGUCUCCAUUCCUCGAAUUCCCGACCGUUAUGGAAGAUUGGGGCUCGAGACAUUGGCGACGUUGGGCAGGACGAUCAAGGUUGGCUACCCAGCGCAGUCUUUCCACAAAUGGUUCAAGCAGUACGGAAACACGGUCAUGGUCACGAUGCUCUAUGAAGACAGAAUCAUAACGUCGGAACCACAAUACGUCAAGGCUGUCCUCGCCACCGAGUUCGACAACUACUGGAAGGGUCCUGUCGAUGGCUACCGUGGUCUUUCGCUAUUGGGAACCGGAGUUUUCAACGUCGACGGCGAAAUGUGGAAGUUCCAUCGCUCAAUGACUCGUCCUUAUUUCUCUCGCGACCGCAUAACCGACUUUGAUACCUUUGACAAGUACUCCAACGAUGUUCUGAACCUGGCCGUCAACCGGCUUCGCGAGGGUUACCCAGUCGAUAUUCAGGACGUUGCCGCUCGCUUUACUCUAGAUUCGGCUACUGCAUUCCUUUUCGGUGCAUCUGUAGACUCCACGUCGGCUGGGCUGGCCUACCCUCAGUCUGCAUCCCAUCUCAACAGCGCGGAGUUCCUCAAUCAUCCGUCCAACUCAUUCGUCACCGCCUUCAUUGAAGGCCAGCGGUUUCAUGUGGACCGCUCGCGAUUUGGUAGCAAAUGGCAACUCGGUGAAUUUUGGAAGGAUCUUAUUCAGCCACAUCGCGAAGUCAUGGACCAGUUCAUCGAGCCGAUUAUCCAACGCGCACUGAGUCAGAAGGCACAAGGCAUCGCAGAUAAGAAAGAGGAACCUGAGACGCUAUUGGGUCACCUCUUGCUGUCAACGGAAGACAAAUCGAUAAUUCGUGACGAAAUUUUGAACAUGUUGGUAGCGGGCAGAGAUACGACCGCCGCCACAAUCACAUUCGCGAUCUACAUGCUGGCCGACCAUCCGGACAAGGCCCGUCGUUUGCGUGAAGAAAUCUUGAAUCAAGUAGGUCCAACGAGGCGGCCAACGCAUGACGACAUCAAGAACAUGCCCUACUUGAGAGCGUUCAUCAACGAAACCUUGCGAUUGUACCCUCCUGUACCAAUUGAUGCUCGGUCAUCUAUAAACGCCACCACUUGGCCUUCAACCACUCCUGGAGGUCCGCCACUAUACGUUCCCGGUAACACGAAGAUAGUAUAUACUGUUUUCUUAAUGCAUCGACGCAAGGAUCUAUGGGGACCCACUGCUCUCGAGUUUGAUCCAGACCGGUUCAUUGACGAACGGCUUGGCAAAUACCUCACCCCGAAUCCCUACAUCUUCCUCCCCUUCAACGCCGGCCCGCGAAUUUGUCUCGGCCAACAGUUCGCCUACCAGGAAUCCUCCUUCUUCCUCGUCCGUCUCCUGCAGCGGUUCAGCGCGAUCCAUCUUGCGCCAGAUGUUCAACCAGAGUCGAGCAAGCCCCCGCCACAUUGGAAGCACUCGGAGUUGAAGAAGAUGGAGAAGAUCACCUAUGGGACGAGUCUGACGAUGUAUGCUAAGGAUGGCUUGUGGGUGAGGAUGGAGCCAGCUUGA